CCGAGCCCGAGCCCGGAGAUCCGCUUUCGGGAGGGCGCGCCCGGCGCGGGAGAGCCCAGGACGAGGACAUGGCCCCCGAGCCCCGGGAAGCAAGGCCUCAGGUGUCGGUGACAUUUGAAGACGUGGCUGUGCUUUUCACCCGGGAUGAGUGGAGAAAGCUGGAUCCUUCUCAGAGAAGCCUGUACAGGGAGGUGAUGCUGGAGAACUAUAGUAACCUGACCUCACUGGGUUUCCCAUUUACCAAACCAAAGAUGAUCUCCGUGUUACAGCAAGGAGAAGAACCCUGGAAGGCAGAGAGAGAAGGUCCUGGAAGCUCCUUUCUUGGAUGUAAAAGUACUCUUCAAACCAUAAAACCAACUCAGACUAAAGAGUCUUUUCAGGGACUGAUGAAAGAAAGACUCACAAAGGAUGAGCCUUGGGAUGCCACAUCAGAAAAACUCUACAGAUCUGACAGCCAUUUAAGGAACCAAGACAAAAGUGAAACUUUACAAAUAAUUUCAAUCACCCGUAUGAAAAUACUUACUGUAGACAGAUGCCACAAAAAUUUUGAAUUUGGCCCAAACUUCAACCUUAAAUCAGUUGUUAAGAAACAAAGUGUUAGAGGAAUAACACAAAAAAGUAGCUUGAAGGAGAACUCAAAUUCACUUAACCAACCAAAAAUGAAGACAGUAGAAAAACGCUAUAAAUGUAACAAUUGUGAAAAAGCUUUUAUUCACAAUUCAUCCCUUCGUAAGCAUCUGAAAAAUCACACUGGAGAGAAACUAUUUCAAUGUAAAGAAUGCUUGAAAGCUUUUAGCCAAAGUUCAGCUCUUAUUCAGCAUCAAAGGACCCACACUGGGGAGAAACCCUACAUAUGUAAAGAAUGUGGGAAAGCCUUUAGCCAUAGUGCAUCCCUUUGUAAGCACCUAAGGACCCAUACUUUGGAGAAAUCCUAUACAUGUAAAGAAUGUGGAAAAUCCUUUAGCCGAAGGUCUGAUCUUUUUUUACAUCAAAAAAUCCAUGCUCGAGAAAAUCCACAUAAAUAUAACCCAGGUAGGAAGGCAUCACUUUCAGGAUGUCAGAGGGUUCAUUCCAGAAAGAAGACCUACUUGUGUGACGAAUGUGGCAACACCUUUAAGUCCAGCUCGUCCCUCCGUUACCAUCAGAGAAUUCACACUGGAGAGAAACCUUUCAAAUGCAGUGAAUGUGGAAGAGCCUUCAGUCAGAGUGCAUCACUUAUUCAGCAUGAGCGAAUUCACACUGGAGAAAAGCCCUACAGGUGUAGUCAGUGUGGAAAAGGCUUCACUUCUGUUUCACGACUCAACAGACACCGAAUAAUUCAUACAGGAGAGAAAUUGUUUAAUUGUAGUGAAUGUGGCAAAGCCUUAAGUUCCCACUCAACGCUUAUUAUUCAUGAGAGAAUUCACACUGGGGAGAAACCAUGUAAAUGUAAAGUGUGUGGGAAAGCCUUCAGACAAAGUUCAGCACUCAUCCAACAUAAGAGGAUGCACACUGGAGAAAGACCCUAUAAGUGUAGUGAGUGUGGGAAAACAUUUAGGUGUAACUCGUCCCUUAGUAAUCAUCAGAGAAUUCAUACUGGAGAGAAACCAUUCCGAUGUGAAGAAUGUGGGAUGUCAUUUGGUCAAAGCGCAGCUCUUAUUCAACAUCAGAGAAUUCAUACGGGGGAGAAGCCCUUUAAGUGUAAUACAUGUGGGAAAAGUUUUAGACAGAGCUCCUCACUUAUCGCACAUCAGCGCAUCCAUACUGGAGAGAAACCCUAUGAGUGUAACAUAUGUGGGAAACCCUUCAGCCAGAGAUCCUCCCUCACCAGUCAUUAUAAGAUUCAUCUUGAAGAGGUCCCCUUCAGUGCAGAGCUGCAUAUGUGAAUGCCUUUAACCAAAGCUCACCAGAGAACACACACUUGCGAUCAUUUUUACUAAAUA